UCGCCUGUCUGGGAAAAUCUAAUUUCAGUUUUUUUUUGUAUCUUUCAGAAGACAGUUUACCCAUCUUAAACCUCCAAAUGUCAGGCUUGCAGAUUCUGGCUUUUGUCACCGGCCUGGCCGGGCUGGGCGCCACUAUUGGGGCCACAGUGUCCAAUGAAUGGAGGGCCACCAGCCGGGCGUCCUCAGUCAUCACAGCGACCUGGGUGCUCCAGGGUCUGUGGAACAACUGUGCUGGAAAUGCCAUCGGAGCUCUGCACUGCAGACCACAUCAUACUAUCCUCAAGCUGGAAGGCUACAUUCAAGCAUGCAGGGGAUUGAUGAUUUCAGCUGUCUGUCUGGGGUUUUUUGGUUCUAUAUCAGCCCUUGUCGGAAUGAAAUGCACCAAAAUUGGAGGAAACGACAAAAACAAGGCCAGGAUCGCCUGCUUUGCCGGUGUCAAUUUCAUUCUCAGUGCUUUUGUCCAGGCAGUACGAGGAUUGCUGAUGUGCGGGUUGACUCUUGGUUUUUUUGCUGUUAUUCUCUGCUUUGUCGGGAUGGAGUGCACUUAUAUUGGUGGAGCUCAGAAAACCAAGGACAGACUGCUCCUUGCCGGGGCACUGUUUCAUAUGGCGGGAGGUGUGUCGAACGUUUCUGCCUACUGCGUAUACAUCAACAGGGUCGCCAGAACAGCCUUUGCUCGGAGUGUUCGGCCAGGAGUAUUACGGUAUGAUCUAGGACCUCCCAUAUUUCUAGGACUGGUGGGAUGUUUUUUAAUCCUUUCAGGGGGUCUUUUUUACGCCGUGACCGUCUACCGUGUCGUUUUACCUGCAAGUAAAGUGGUUAAUACCUAUGGAGGAGGCACGUACAUGGCCCCACGCUCCAGAGGAGGAACCAGGUACACCGGUUACUACAGACCCUCCACGCACCCCAAAGGAUACCCCAACCACCGGAUCCCUAAGGCCUACACAAUUGUUACGUCAAAAAAAAGGGUUUCUUUAGCUCGCACAGUGACCAGUGGGAGCAGCGAAUCAGGGACCACCAGUGGCACCACAAGCAGCAUCUCUGGGAUCACCUUGACUACCGCAACAACAACUACAGAUGCAUAUGUGUGACCUCUUCUCAACGCCUUUUCCUUGUACAUGAAAUAAACUAUA